AUGCUUUGGCAGCUUGGUUUAAAGCAGAGAUACUUCAAGAAAAUAUUGAUGGCAGUGGCAUUUUUUAGCCUCGCUGUUAGGAGAAGGGCCAAGCCUUUACUCCUCGUCUCCCUGCUCUUCCGCCCCAGUUUUCACCAGCCUUUCAAUAUUUCAUUACAGACUUUUUACUCUUUCCACUCUUCUGCAACUAGUCCAUCUUUCUUCUCACCCUCUCAGACCCACCUCCAAAAAUACCAAAUCUCGCCCCUCGAAUCCUCUCCCAACUACGACACAAGUGAUUUCGAGGUGGAUGGAGAGGAAACAUGCAAUCCGAACGAGCCGGGUCUUGAUGGGUUUCUCGAAACGCUCAAGCAGACGAAGCAAUUACCCUCAGAAGGAGAUGCUACUGCUUUUCUCGAGGAGUCAGGGGUGCGGCCCACUCGUGGUUUGGUUUAUUCAGCAAUUUGGGCACUACGACAUGAAUGGGAGUUGGCCCUUUUGGCUUUCAGAUGGGGCGAGAGAUGGGGAUGUCAGAGUGCAGACGUUUGGAAUUUGAUGAUUUGGGUGUUGGGUAAGCACAGGAGUUUCAGAACCGCCUGGAGCCUUAUUAGGGAUAUGCAUCGGUUUUCCUUGUCUACCCGACGGGCAUUGCUCAUCAUGAUAAGCAGGUAUGCAGCUGCCAACAAUCCAAGCAAAGCCAUUAGAACAUUUCACGCUAUGGACAGGUUCAAAAUAAUCCCUGAUACAGAAGCAUUCUUCAUCCUCCUCCGUGCUCUCUGUAAGCAUGGAAACAUUGAAGAAGCUGAAGAAUUCAUGCUUAUAAACAGGAAGGUCUUUCCUUUGGAAACUGAGGGCUUCAACAUAAUUCUCAAUGGGUGGUGUAAUAUUUCAGUUGAUGUAGUUGAAGCCAAGAGAGUCUGGAGAGGAAUGUCAAACAACUGUGUCACUCCAAAUGCUACUUCUUAUACCUGUAUGAUAUCCUGCUUCUCCAAGGAUGGGAAUCUCUUUGAUUCACUGAGACUCUAUGAUGAGAUGAAGAAGAGGGGUUGGAUACCAGGCCUAGAGGUUUACAACUCACUCAUUAAUGUGCUUACUCGGGAGAAUUGUUUGAAAGAAGCUCUCCAUGUCAUAGAUAAGAUUAAAGAAACAGGUCUGCGACCAGAUUCUUCCACUUACAAUGCAAUCAUUCUUCCUCUAUGUGAAGCACAUAAGCUGGUUGAAGCAAGAAAUGUAUGGGCCAACAUGGUCAGGGAGGGCCUCAAGCCAACUAUUACAACCUAUCAUGCAUUUAUUGGAGGGAUGAAUGUGGAAGGAACCUUAGAAAUGCUUAGCCAAAUGAGAGAGGCUCAUUGUGGUCCUAAUAGUCAUACUUAUCUCCUGGUUCUCAACAAAUUCUUCAAAUUAGGGCAACCAGGGAAUGCAUUGAAGAUGUGGCUGGAAAUAGAGAAAUAUGAGCUAUUGCCUGAUUCUGCUCAUUAUGCUGCACUUAUUCAGGGCCUAGCUGCAUGUGGGUGGUUGAUGAAGGCUAGAGAAUUCUAUGCAGAAAUGAGAUCAAGGGGAUUCUUAGAUGAUCCUGAGCUUGAGAAGCUCUUGAGGGAGCCAUUAGUAGGUAAUAAAUGUCAUAAAGGAGGGCCACUCCAAAAUGGAAAUGAAGAUAUCCGGAUCCCUUGUACAAAAGGCCACAUUAGAGGGAGGAAAGUCUUUAGACCUAUGAAGAGAUAAGAUGAUACUCUUUCAACUAUCAUUCUCUGGUCUGACUUGAGAGCCAAAAAAUGGAGAGUAAUGUCAGUUUCAUGACACCAGUUACCACUACUGCUUUGGGAAGGCCCUGUAGCCAUGGGUGGAACCCUGAAGGAGUUGGCCCAGCAAGUAGGCCACUUUGUGGAACAUUAUGUUUAAAGAUCAGCUUGUUGGAUCAAAGUAUCCUGUUUGAAUAGAAUGGCUUUGCCAUCCCUAUGUUGGAGCAGCAAAUCUUCAAUCAUGAAACUGGGUUAUCACUACAAGCUUACCUGCAUUAUGUGCAUGUCCUAUUUCACUCCUUGGGAGUUCAUUACAUUUUUUCUGAGAACUGGGAACCAGAAAGAUAGAAGGCCAAAUUCUGGUCUUCUCAGAGUUUUUAUAGUUUGUUGUGUCUUAAGGAAACUUAGUGACCGACCUUUUACUGGAAUACAACUGACCCAAGAGAUUACUGCUGGUUUGAUUCAUGUAUCUCUAUGUCGAAUUUAAGAAUGUUAAGGAGCAGUGACAAGUCAUUAAAACAGAAAACUGUCUGGUUUAAAGCUUGAAUAUCUUGUGCUAAACUCUAAAAAGAAUUUCUGUAUCAUUUUUUCUUCUCUCUUUUUUGGGUAUGUUGAGCUGUCAGUAAAAAUAGAACUAACAAUGCUGCCCCAAGCUUCAGAAAUCUAUAUUUGUCCCAUUCA